AUGUCUGAUGUCGGUGAACGUCCAAAACUUGCUAUACGAUGUAAUACCCGCGAAAAGUAUGACAUACACUCUAGUUAUCUAACCGCCAUCAAGAACGGAGAUGCCUGGACGGAAGUCGAGAAUCAAGUGAUGAAAGAUGAAGCGUUGCUAGCUACAAGUUCACAGAUAUGUGUCAGGGGAUACACCGAAGAUGCUGCUCACAUGUUCGAAGAUCAACAACCCACAACAGUGCGCCGGAUACAGCAGACCUUCUGGAACACUACCGACGAAGGACCACCAAACCCACACUCCGCAGUGGGUGGCCAAGGAAGGAAACCCUGA